UUGCCUUCCUCGGGGCUCACCGCCUGCAGCCGGCCGUGAUUGACUGCCAGCAAUCUGAUCCAGUGAAAGACAUUGACAACCAAUAGGAAGCGGAGUGCGGCUUGUUUCCAUGGGAGGCCCCGGGAGGCGAUGCCAAGCCGCUAGAAAGCAGCACAGUGAGCGGGGAGAAGCUCAGGCAGCAGCCGGGGCGGUGGAGAUCCAGCAGCCACCUCUGUGUCACUCUUCAGUCGGUUGAAAUCUCUAGGGUGACCGGAUAGGAAAAGGAGACUCUGGGGACUGUGCUGAUCGCUCGUCAAUUAAAGCCACAGCGGCGCAGAAUGGAUGGAUUUCACGACCAGAGAGUGCCUUACUGUAACUCCAAAAAGCCGCAAGAAAAGACAACGAGCUGCCAGAGGCAAGCACAUGACAGAAAGAGAAAAUUCAUUAAGUCCGACCUGGCUCUGGACACUGAAGAGCUUUUCCAGGACCUCAGUCAGCUGCAGGAGACUUGGCUCGCAGAGGCUCAAGUUCCCGACAAUGAUGAGCAGUUCGUUCCAGACUUCCAGACUGAAAACUUGGCUUUCCACGGACUGCAGCUGAAGAUCAAGAGGGAGCUGCACAGCCCGUGCUCAGAGCUGAGCUCCAACUGCAGUCAGGAGCGACCCUUCAAGCUCCAGUAUGGAGAGAAGUGUCCGUACGUCAGUGCCUAUGAGCAGAAGCAUCCUGCAGGAAUGAAGCCCUCCAGCCCAGUGACGCCCCCCUGUAGCACCCCUGUGUCCCCCCUCCACCAUGCCUCACCCACAGCGGCCCCGACCCCAAAACCAGACAGGACCUACACCCACAUACCGCCCUCACAGCCGCUCCCUGACAACACCUAUUCUAUGGACCACAGAUUUCGUCGCCAGCUCUCCGAGCCGUGUCACUCGUUCCCCUCCCCGCCAACGAUGGCUCGGGACGGCCGGCCCAUCUACCACCGGCAGAUGUCUGAGCCCAACAUCCCGUUCCCUCCUCAAGGCUUCAAGCAGGAGUAUCCUGACCCCCUGUUCGAGCAUCCAGCCAUGAUGGGGGCACCUCUACCCCAUGCGUACGCCCCCACCAUGAUGAUCAAACAGGAGCCCAGAGACUUCACCUACGACUCAGCAGAAGUGCCUAGCUGCCAUUCUGUCUACUUACGGCAAGACGGCUAUCUGGCUCACACUAACAGGACUGAAGGUUGUAUGUUUGACAAAGUGGCGAGGCAUUUCUACGAUGACACCUGUGUCGUGCCUGAGAAGGUUGAAGGUGACAUCAAGCAAGAGGCGGGUCUGUACCGUGAAGGUCCGUCGUACCAGCGCAGAGGCUCGCUGCAGCUUUGGCAGUUUCUGGUGGCUCUACUGGAUGACCCGUCAAACUCACACUUCAUUGCCUGGACCGGCCGUGGCAUGGAGUUCAAACUCAUUGAGCCUGAGGAGGUGGCUCGUCGGUGGGGGAUACAGAAGAAUCGACCAGCGAUGAAUUACGACAAGCUUAGCCGAUCUCUGCGCUACUACUAUGAGAAGGGAAUCAUGCAAAAGGUGGCCGGCGAGAGAUACGUCUACAAGUUCGUGUGCGACCCCGAGGCCUUGUUCUCCAUGGCGUUCCCCGACAAUCAGCGGCCGGUGCUGAAGACGGACAUGGAGCGCCAGAUCAACGAGGAGGACACGGUGCCGCUGUCGCACUUUGACGAGAACAUGGCCUACGUACAGGAGGGGCCGUACUGCCAGCCGCACCCUUACAGCGAGGGCUAUGUUUAUUAACGACAGCCCUACACAGACACGGACCCCCUCCCCCUCCCUCUCCUCUGUCCAUACACCUGAGACUGUCAUGUCCUCUAAUUCACCGUCGCUCCGGGAAUAAGACUGAACACUCACACAUGCAGCGGAGCUUUCCUCUCUCUCUCUCUCACAUAGACACACUUCUUUCUUUUUCUUUGCUCGUCUCUCUGACGUUGAAGCCGCACAGCAGGAUGGAGAGUGCACUUUAUGGACCAGACUGGCUCCAGAGGUUAGCUAGCUAUGUGGUUGGCUUUUUACAGCUCUUUGUGUUUGUACAUUAAUGUGGGAAUCAUUGUUUGUUUUUUAUUCUUAUGAUUUCAAGCAUGUAGCGCCCUGCUGAGACAGGACUCAACUACCUGGACUUCCUGCAAAAGAAACAGUCUCAUCUGCUGGAAGGAUGAUCCUUUUUGUCCUUUAGCCAUACCGUACUUUGACUCUCAUUUACUGGCGACGUAUUGUAUGGAUACUUUUAUGGUGAAGUGACAUGAUUAUAGACUUAAAAAUGUGACAUUAAAGACAUUAAGCAGCCUCACUACGAGUCUGAGCACAGCACCUCUUGUCUGUCGAAGCCCCCUCGUCCAGUCAGAACUGUAGACCUCAUCAUGUCGGUGUUUCUGUUGUAACAACUUCACUGGACGGCUGAAAAUCCUAGUGAAACUCUGACGUACAAGGAAUGGACUGGGAUGGAAAUUCUUCCUCUGUAUCACAUGUGAACAGUCUCUGUUUAGGAUAAUCAAUAAAUCUCCAGGCCUCUGUAAAAUAACUCAUCAUUCACUGUAAACUGCGGUUUUAUUUUUGUUUCUGAAAUAUUACAAGCAGCAGUCAUUUAUUUAUCUAUCUGGUGUUCAGUUAAACAGAUGAGGAUUUGUACAGUAAAGAUGGACACAGCAAACAACCGGCGAGAAAUCAUUUGCAUCCCCAAACACAAAAAAGUUAUUUUAAUUGGCUGAAAUAAUAAAACACAAAUGAAAAAUCAAGCUUCAAUUGGAAAAAAGUCCAUUUUUGUUUGUUCUUGUUUGUUCCAGGUGAACAUGACGUGUAUAUUUAUGCUUUUCCAUUGAUAGGGUUGCUUUUUGUUUUAAAAAAUGAAAUAAAAAAGGAAUAUUUAAAGUUUUAUAAUGUGAUAAAAAGCAUUAAUGUAAAAUGAAGAUAGUGUUCCAUUGUAUAAUCAGGUUAAUGCACAUUUUGUUGCUGCUUCAAACUGUACGUGUAUUUUCUAGUCUCAUGGGAAAAAAAGAAGUGCGGUGGUUACGACCUGCUGUCCUGAUUUUUUUUAUUUACUUUGAUUAUUUUGUUUUGUUUUGUUUUGUUAUUUGAGCAUUAAAAAGAAUUGGGUCGGUCUGACUCGAGGUUCACAUGUGUAGGGGCUGGGAUUGGCAAUAGCGGA